AAGAUGAAUCCUGAAUACGACUAUUUAUUCAAACUGCUGCUGAUUGGAGAUUCUGGCGUCGGCAAGUCUUGUCUGCUGCUUCGCUUUGCAGACGACACGUACACAGAGAGCUACAUCAGCACGAUCGGCGUCGACUUCAAGAUCAGGACCAUCGAACUGGACGGCAAGACCAUAAAACUGCAGAUUUGGGACACGGCUGGCCAGGAGCGUUUCCGCACCAUCACGUCAAGCUACUACAGAGGCGCGCACGGGAUCAUCGUGGUUUAUGAUGUCACCGAUCAGGAAUCGUUCAACAAUGUGAAGCAGUGGCUCCAGGAGAUCGACCGUUACGCCAGCGAGAACGUCAACAAGCUGUUGGUCGGUAACAAAUGUGACCUCACCACUAAGAAAGUGGUAGACUACACCACAGCAAAGGAGUUCGCUGACAGUCUAGGCAUCCCGUUCCUGGAAACCAGCGCCAAGAGCGCCACCAACGUGGAGCAGGCCUUCAUGACCAUGGCGGCCGAGAUCAAGAAGCGCAUGGGCCCUGGCGCCGCCGCCGCAAGCUCUGACAAGUCGAACGUGAAGAUCCAGAGCAAACCCGUCAACACCUCGUCCGGAGGCUGCUGUUGA